AGGGCACCUGCAUGGUGGUACAGCCUGCAUCUUGGGCAGGAGGAGGAGCUGGCUGGCAUCGGGGACACAUCCACGUGGUGCCUGGUGCAUACCCUAGGGGGAGUGCAGUGCCUCGGACAAUGGAGCUGCGGGCCAGUGCAGGCGGCAGAGAAGGCGAUGAGGAGCCCCCUACAUGAACGCAGGCUGCGCAUCGCCUGCAAGGACGUGCCUGCCACGACGCUCUACGACGUGCUGCAUGACACCCACUACCGCAAGAAAUGGGACUCCAACGUCAUCGAGACCUAUGACAUCGGGCGCCUGACGGCCAACGCUGAUGUGGGAUACUAUGCCUGGAAGUGCCCGAGCCCCCUGAAGAACAGGGACUUUGUCACCCUGCGCUCCUGGCUGCCCCUGGGCAAUGACUACAUGAUCAUCAACUACAGCGUCAAGCACCCGAAGUACCCACCGCGGAAGGACUUUGUGAGGGCUGUGAGCCUGCAGACGGGCUACCUGGUCAGGGCCAACGGCCCCCACGGCUGCACCCUCUACUACCUCACCCAGGUGGACCCCCGAGGUUCGUUACCAAAGUGGGUGGUGAACAAAGUGUCCCAGUUUGUGGCUCCAAAGGCCAUGAAGAAGAUCUACAAGGCAGGGCUGAAGUACUGGGAGUGGAAGCAGAAGCAUGAGCCUGGCUUUAAGCCCUGGGUGUACCCAGAGCAGAACACGCUGCCCAGCAUCAGCCUGGCCGAGCUGUCCCUGCAGCACGCCGACUCCCUGGAAAACAUUGAUGAGAGUGGCCUGGCUGAGGACAGGACGCAUAUCAGCGAUGAUGAGGCCUGAGCGGGGCCCGCAGCCACCCUGUGCCUGCCAGCAGGGCGGGGGAGAGGCCAGGCUCCUGCCCCUCCAUUGCAUGCUCAGGGGCAGUCAGCACCAUUCUCCCAGCACCCACAGAAGCCUGGCAGCGGAUUGGGGGCAUAGUUACAAAUUUGUCUCCAGUACUCUUGGUGUGAAUGUAUCCUUCAGCAUCUGUACAUCCUGCUCCUGGCACACAGAGCCCUCCGUUCGGGGGAGAAAGAACUGCCCCCACCCACCCACCUGGCACACAGAACCCUCUGCUGGAGGGAGAGAGAACUGCCCUGACCCACCCCCAGCACACAGAGCCCUCUGUUGGGGGAAAUGCCCCUACUUUGCCUGACCAAAGGCUCUGUGGGCAGCCGCCCAGCCCCCCGGGGAUGCCCUGGCCAGAGACAGAGAGCUGGCUGUGUAAGGAGGAGCCCCAGUCUGUGCAGGGGUGUUUCAGGGAUUCUCAGGGGGCUGGGGACGGCUGGGGCAGGGCAGGGCAGGGAGUAGGCAUCAGCAUUCCUACCCCAGCUAUUUCUCGACUGCUGCGGGAUCUAGUGGGGCUCUAGACAGCUGGAUGUCCCCUGAGGGGACUGGACUGGCCCAAGCUGCCACCAUCUGUCCCUGCCCCAGCUCUGCAGCAGCACAGGAAUGAUUUAGGCCUGUAUUUCCCCUCUCUGCUCCCAUCUUCCCACCCAGCAGCUCACUCAGACAGGAUGGCCCCUCCCAGACCUCCGUGGUCCUGGCCCUGUGUCACCUGCUCAGCUCAGGGGUGCCUCCUCAGCCACACCCCCAGUGUCUGGCCAUCCCCCAGUAACCCAGUGGGUCUACUCCAGCCCAACACCAUUCUGGGGCUCUGGGAGCACGUGGGGGUGGGGCAGGAGACUGGUCUGUCUUUCCUUCAAGACCUGGGACUGGACCCAGCAGGGUGGCUGCUCUCCAAACCACUGGGCUCCAACCGAUGUUUCUCCCGGCGAUCCUCCUCCAGCGUUUGCUGCUGUGAUUUCUAUCAAACCAAUAAAGGAAUUGGGUGUGA